AUGAUUGAAUUCUGGCGGGACAGUUCUGGAAUCUCACCAGAUUGGUACGUGGAGAAAAUCCAACUGGAACUUGUCGACCGAGAAGAGAAGACGAUUUUCCCGGUAUUCCGAUGGAUCGAAGCUGAUUGCCAUUAUCGUUUAUAUACCUUCGAUACAUUCCUUCCACAGUUUGACCCCAACAAAGAGCAACGUCUGAAAGAAGUUGAAUUUAUUCAACAAAAAUACACACCGAAAGAUGUUCCCGGUCUGCCGAUUAUGUUAGAAACAUUACCCGAAGACGAUGACUUCACUAAUGAAUAUAAGAAAAAAUUCUUUCUCCUGAAACUUGAAAAUAUGGCUCGAAACAUUUUGGCAAAGUUGGUUCCAAAUAAAUGGUCCUGCCUGGAUGAUAUCACAAAAAUUUACGACAGUAAAAGAACUUUGCCAAUCGCUGUCGAUAAAUGGACGGACGAUAUCUGGUUUGGAAGACAAAGGCUAGCUGGCUGCAACCCAACACUUAUCACUUUGUGUACAGAAAUACCAGAGAAGUCUCAGGUCUCUUACUACCUUGCCUUACCCGAGGUCUCAGGUCUCUUACUACCUUGCCUUACCCGAGGUCUCAGGUCUCUUACUACCUUGCCUUACCCGACGUCUCUGGUCUCUUACUACCUUGCCUUACCCGAGGUCUCAGGUCUCUUACUACCUUGCCUUACCCGAGGUCUCAGGUCUCUUACUACCUUGCCUUUACCCGAGGUCUCAGGUCUCUUACUUGCCUUACCCGACGUCUCAGGUCUCUUACUACCUUGCCUUACCCGACGUCUCAGGUCUCUUACUACCUUGCCUUACCCGAGGUCUCAGGUCUCUUACUACCUUGCCUUACCCGAGGUCUCAGGUCUCUUACUACCUUGCCUUACCCGAGGUCUCAGGUCUCUUACUACCUUGCCUUACCCGACGUCUCAGGUCUCUUACUACCUUGCCUUACCCGAGUUCUCAGGUCUCUUACUACCUUGCCUUACCCGACGUCUCUGGUUUCUUACUACCUUGCCUUACCCGACGUCUCAGGUCUCUUACUACCUUGCCUUACCCGAGGUCUCAGGUCUCUUACCACCUUGCCUUUUACUACCUGAGGUCUCAGGUCUCUUUACGACCUUUGCCUUACCUGAGGUAUCAGGUCUCUUACUACCUUGCCUUACCCGAUGUCUCAGGUCUCUUACUACCUUGCCUUACCCGACGUCUCAGGUCUCUUACUACCUUGCCUUACCUGAGGUCUCAGGUCUCUUACUACCUUGCCUUACCCGACGUCUCAGGUCUCUUACUACCUUGCCUUACCCGAGGUCUCAGGUCUCUUACUACCUUGCCUUACCCGAGGUCUCAGGUCUCUUACUACCUUGCCUUACCCGAGGUCUCAGGUCUCUUACUACCUUGCCUUGCCCGAGGUCCUCAGGUCUCUUACUACCUUGCCUUACCCGAGGUCUCAGGUCUCUUACUACCUUUGCCUUACCCGAGGUCUCAGGUCUCUUACUACCUUGCCUUACCCGAGUCUCAGGUCUCUUACUACCUUGCCUUACCCGACGUCUCAGGUCUCUUACUACCUUGCCUUACCCGAGGUCCUCAGGUCUCUUACUACCUUGCCUUACCCGACGUCUCAGGUCUCUUACUACCUUGCCUUACCCGACGUCUCAGGUCUCUUACUACCUUGCCUUACCCGACGUCUCAGGUCUCUUACUACCUUGCCUUACCGAGGUCUCAGGUCUCUUACAGGUCUCUUACCCUUGCCUUACCCGAGGUCUCAGGUCUCUUACUACCUUGCCUUACCCGAGGUCUCAGGUCUCUUACUACCUUGCCUUUACCCGAGGUCUCAGGUCUCUUACUACCUUGCCUUACCCGAGGUCUCAGGUCUCUUACGACCUUGCCUUUUACCCGAGGUCUCAGGUCUCUUACUACCUUGCCUUACCCGACGUCUCCAGGUCUCUUACUACCUUGCCUUACCCGACGUCUCAGGUCUCUUACUACCUUGCCUUACCCGACGUCUCAGGUCUCUUACUACCUUGCCUUUCUUACCUGAGGUCUCCAGGUCUCUUACAACCUUGCCUUACCCGAGGUCUCAGGUCUAUUACAACUUUGCCUUACCCGAGGUCUCAGGUCUCUUACUACCUUGCCUUACCCGACGUCUCAGGUCUCUUACUACCUUGCCUUACCCGAGGUCUCAGGUCUCUUACUACCUUGCCUUACCCGACGUCUCAGGUCUCUUACUACCUUGCCUUACCCGACGUCUCAGGUCUCUUACUACCUUGCCUUACCCGACGUCUCAGGUCUCUUACUACCUUGCCUUACCCGACGUCUCAGGUCUCUUUGCCUUGCGACUACCUUGCCUUACCCGAGGUCUCAGGUCUCUUACUACCUUGCCUUACCCGAGGUCUCAGGUCUCUUACGACCUUGCCUUACCCGACGUCUCAGGUCUCUUACUACCUUGCCUUACCCGACGUCUCAGGUCUCUUACUACCUUGCCUUACCCGACGUCUCAGGUCUCUUACUACCUUGCCUUACCCGGACGUCUCAGGUCUCUUUUCUUACCUUGCCUUACCUGAGGUCUCAGGUCUCUUACUACCUUGCCUUACCCGAGGUCUCAGGUCUCUUACUACCUUGCCUUACCCGAGGUCUCAGGUCUCUUACUACCUUGCCUUACCCGACGUCUCAGGUCUCUUGCUACCUUGCCUUACCCGAGGUCUCAGGUCUCUUACUACCUUGCCUUACCCGACGUCUCAGGUCUCUUACUACCUUGCCUUACCCGAGGUCUCAGGUCUCUUACUACCUUGCCUUACCCGAGGUCUCAGGUCUCUUACUACCUUGCCUUACCUGACGUCUCAGGUCUCUUACUACCUUGCCUUACCCGAGUUCUCAGGUCUCUUACUACCUUGCCUUACCCGACGUCUCAAGUCUCUUACUACCUUGCCUUACCCAAAGUCUCAGGUCUCUUACUACCUUGCCUUACCCGAGGUCUCAGGUCUCUUACUACCUUGCCUUACCCGAGGUCUCAGUUUGGCUGUGGAUGACAGAAUUAUGUUACCUGUACUGCAAGGCGAUACCCUCCAGUCCUUAAUAAAAAGAAAACGUUUAUUUUACAUUGAUUUAAAGGAAUUAGAUGGUUUAGAACUCACCGAAGGAUUUGAGGUUUGUGCCCCGAUCGCCUUGUUUACGCUUGAUUUGAUGGACAGGUUGAUACCGAUUGCUAUUCAACUAAAACAAGAGAAAGGGCCCAAUAAUCCGGUCUUCCUGCCUACAGAUGAUGAUAAAAUCAUUUGCGGUUCAUUUUCCAUUUGUGAAUGUUUUAAACCCCACAUUCUAUGCAUCACGACGCGCAGUUCCAUUAUGUUCCCACCGGCCAUCAAUAUCUACAUUCAGAAAAAAUGGCGGUUUGAUAUUCAUGGAACAGUACCAAAAGAGAUUGAUAUCAGACAGGUCGACGAUCCGUUCUUGUUACCCAACUACCAUUACAGGGAUGACGCCUUGUUAAUCUACAACUGUAUUCAUAAUUACGUAACAACCUACAUCAAACUUUACUAUAGUAAUGUCUCUAAGUUGCACAAUGACUGGGAAAUGCAAAACUGGGCUGCAGAAAUGACAGAAGAAAAAGAUGACAUUGGAACGAGAGAUAUGGGUUUACCGCUAAAGGAUGGCAAAGGAACCUUCAAUACGAUUAAAGAUCUUAUCCUAGUGCUAACCUCUGUUAUUUACAUCUCUAGCGCCGGACAUGCCAGCACUAACUUCUCACAGUAUGAAGAAUACGCUUUCCCACCAAAUUAUCCCUCAAAACUGAAUGGAGAAGCAAUAAAAGACAAGAAACCCAAAACAGAGGCAGAUAUAAUGAAAGCCCUUCCUGACAAGUCAACAACUUUAGAUAUAAUGACUGUAACGAAUAUACUUUGUCAGAGAAACACAAAUCGACUUGGAGACUUUGAAACACAGUAUAUUUACGAAACUAAAGCCUUGGGAGCAGUGGACAAAUUCAGAGCGGAUCUUAAGGAAGCGUCCAAAAUAAUAAAGGAAAGGAACGCCAAUCUUGAUGUCCCAUACGUGGUUCUGGACCCGGAAAAUAUUCCCAACUCCAUCAGCAUCUGA